AUGCACUUAUUGGAUGACUUUGAGCCGAUUUUUUCCAUGGUGAAGCUUAACAAGAACGUAGACGUUUGUGAAGAUAAAGACAAUUAUGGGAUACUGUUUGACGCAACCAAGGAUGUUGAGAUCUUUGAUGGAAGCUACGACAGCUAA